UUCUUGCGCCUUAUGAAGCUCAGCUAGUCAAAGUAAAGUCAGUAUAACUUUCAGGUUAACGUGUUGAUAAGCUUUACUCCGGUGGCAGUGGCAGAUAUGGCUACAGACUCCGACAAUGGAGCUUUCAUGGAUAAAUUUCUUCUGCAACCAGACUCUUCAGAUAAUCAACUUCCCCUCCAUGCCCUCACUUUUGCUGUCAAAGACAUAUUUGAUGUGGAUGGACAUGUAACUGGAUUUGGAAAUCCUGAUUGGGCACGGACUCACCCAGCUGCCACUUCAACGGCACCUACAGUUUUGGCUAUCUUACGAGCUGGAGCCACAUGUGUUGGUAAAACUGUCAUGGAUGAAAUGGCAUACAGUAUAAAUGGAGAAAACAAGCAUUAUGGAACUCCAAGAAAUCCAAGUGCACCAGAUAGAGUGCCUGGAGGAUCUUCUAGUGGAUCUGCUGUUGCAGUUGGUGCAGGCCUUGUAGAUUUCUGCUUAGGAACUGACACUGGAGGAAGUGUAAGAGUCCCUGCAUCUUAUUGUGGAAUUUUUGGGUUCAGGCCUUCGCAUGAUGUCAUUUCUAGUUCUGGAGUUAUCCCUAUGGCACAAAGUUUUGAUACAGUUGGAUGGUUUGCUAGGGAUCAUGAGCUUUUGAAUAGAGUCGGACGUGUAUUACUGCAAUUUCCACAAGUAGAUCCAAUCAGACCCUCCCCCUCCCAGUUGAUCAUUGCAGAAGAUUGUUUCCAGCUUUCAACUACUCCAGGCAAUCAAAUCGUAGAAGGUCUUGUUAAAUCAGUAGAAAUGUUAUUUGGGGGCCAUCUUAUAAAAUAUGCUAACCUUGGGAACUAUGUCAAGGGAAAAGUUCCAAGCUUGAAAAGUUUUGUUAGUAAAAUAAAUGCAGAAGAACAAGAGUAUAACAUACCAUCUUUGGCUGCCUUAUCAAGUGCAAUGCGUUUGCUUCAAAGGUAUGAAUUCAAGAACAACCAUGGUGAAUGGGUCAAAGCUAUCAAGCCUGAUUUAGGUCCUGGGAUAUCAGAACGUGUAUACGAAGCUCUUGAGGCAACGGAUGAAAACAUUGAUGUCUGUCGCUCUGUGAAGACCGAAAUACGUGCAGCUCUUACUGAACUUCUUGGGGAUUUUGGUGUCCUUGCCAUUCCUACAGUUCCCGGACCACCACCAAAACUACAGACACCUGCAAGCACGCUGGAAGUGUUUCGUGCAAGAGCGUUUAGCUUGCUAUCCAUAGCUGGAGUAUCCGGGUUUUGCCAGGUGAGCAUACCACUUGGGAAGUAUGAUAACCUUCCUGUGUCAGUUUCCUUAGUGGCAAAGCAUGGCUCAGAUGGGUUCCUACUCAAUCUUGUUGAAACCAUUUAUCAAACUCUCAGAGAACAAAUUGGAUUGUCAACAGAAUGAGACUUUGUCUCUGCUUUCUUUUCUGAAAAAUGCUAGGUCCACAUAAUACUACUAUUAUUUUCUUCUUUUUGAACCUUAUUCACUCGAAGUCUUUAACUAUGACUAAAUACCAUGAAUAUUUAGCUGUAGUUCCUCAGAUGACUGCUGCUGUCAAGUAAUUUAUAUACAUAAUUGGAGUAAUUAUACUAAAUA